CGGAGAGGGACGCAGGGACCGUGCACCCGAGGCAAGUUACUGUUUUCAGAAUCUAAGUGGAAUCUAACACUAUGAAACAAUGCCUAGAGAAAAGGAAGGAAAAGGAAAAACUAAAGGAGCACUCCUACCCAUUGUUCCAACUCUUCAAAAGUUCCUGAAAACAUAUGAGAAGCACUGUGCACAGACUCAGACGUCCAUGUGUCCAGCCAUCAAAAGGGACUUGAAAACCAGCAUCAACCAUGAGCGGAUUCUCAGGAAAUUUGUACUCAUAAGACCUGAUGACUCCCCACCAAGCAUCCUACCAAUUUCCUUGGAACCUUUGCUCAUGACAGUUCGGGAUGAGUGUUACGUGCUGGGGAAAGAGAUCUGCAUCUGGGGCUUUCAACUAAGCAAUCCAGAGAUCGCCAGACUCGCUUUGCUUCUGGAAUCGAAGGGGUGCACCACCUGCCCGUUUACCACCCUCGAACUCAUUGAUUGCAAGAUGGAUCCAUGGUCUCUGGGGAGACUUGGGAAGGCUCUGCAGUUCAGCAGUUUGCAUUUUCUUGUCCUCGAUUACUGCAAAUUUGGGAAUGAAGAAAUUGAGAGUAUUUUCUCAGGCCUGGAGAACAACCAAAGGCUUCAAGGCCUUAGUCUGCGCUACUGUGGUCUGGGGCCACAGAGCGGGCCGAGGCUGGGCUCCGUCAUACGCCAGAGCGCCAUCUGUGAGCUGCACCUUGAUGGCAAUUACUUGCAAUGUUUUGGAGCUCUGGGUCUCCUCAGACCCCUAGCAGAGUAUGCAGAGAUGCAGGGGAAAGACCAGCUGGCCACUUCCUCACCAGACCCCAGGAAUCCCCUUCAGCUGCUCCAAGCCAGACAGAGAGAAAGUUCAACUUUGAACGAGAUUGCAAAGUCAUCUGGAGCUGUAACAGUGAAAACUACUUCAGGGAAGAAGAAAAGAAAAGGAAUCAAGAAAAAAAUUAAAGAUUUGACUGACGCUGGUCCUUGGUUAGUGAAGUUGUAUUUGGCAGAUAAUGGCAUAGAUGGAAAAGGAAAAGAAGGAGAAAAUGACUUGCUGGAAUUCACUCACAUUUUAACGUGGUGUAAAGGUUGA